AUGGUUCGAUCCUUGCCGUACUUCCACCUGAAACGGAAGAUUACUGGCACACCGUCAAGUCAAUCAUAUCAGAUGUUGUUGGCAGUGGGUACUCUACUACUGACAGUAUUCAGUCCUGUCACGCUGACUGUGAAGUGCUUAGACUGCGUCGGUAAGGACUGUAUGGGUUCGUUUUGUGAAGGAAAAGAUCACUGCAACGGUGGUCGCGCAUUACAACGGAUUGAAGUGGAAACGGUUGAACUCUUAACAUGCGUGUGUUCGGGAGCACAUUGUAAAGAUGACACAUGUAUUGGAGAAUUGUGUAGUUACGUAGUGAACCAUCGAACGAAGGAAGUCGAAAAGGGUUGUGUAAAUGCCUCAGUCCCAUUAGUCGAACGACGAUCGAUGGGAGCAUGUAUGAUUCCACCAAUCACCGGUGCUAUGCAUCACACAGUUGCAAAGGAUGCAGCAGAUUUGCUGAAAACUGAGUCUUGCGUUUGCGGCCAGGAUUACUGUAAUUCGGAAAAGCCUGAAAUAACAGUACCUGAGCGACAGAAAUGUCAGACUUUUGUUAACGCUAAAGUAAUGGGAACGCAGAUGAGAUCGAAAAAUAUUACAUGUACCGGAGAAUUCUGCUUCAAGGCCCGAAUACAAUCAAAACUGGGUCAUAUGUCGGAGUACAGCACGAUCGGUUGUGCUUCAUUCACUGGUGACGACGCGUUGGCAGAGGAACUGAAUCCAACCGGAUGUGCGAAAUUCUCCAACGAACAAGUAGAAGUGUCUGCUUGUUUCCAGACAAAAGACAAAGCUGCAAUAGGACGAGCGCGAGCCAAUCAGGAAGUACGGGACCCAAGGCGAAAGUUGGGUGCAAAGGCGAAAAGCAGGAAGCCUCCUCCAAAAAUGGAGAUUGAAUACGAAGAAGAAGGUGAAGAAGAAGAUGAAGACGAAGAGGCGGAAGAUGAAAGAAAAGAAGAGAGGACAGGGAAAGGAGAUAGAAAAGGGCAAGAGGGAAGGAAAGAGGAAGAAGAAAGGGAAGAAUUUGAAGAAAAACAAGCGCCCUCGGAGAAUGAUGAUGAAGAGAAGGAGUUAGGAAACAAAGAUGCAGAAGAAAAAAAUGUGGAAGAGGAUGAUAAAAAACCGCCCACGGAGAAGAAUUUCAUAUUCGAACGACCAACACAACCACCUAUUCCAGAUGACUCGAACACUACAAUGAUUGCGGUGUUUGUUCUAAUCAUAUUGUGCAUUGUCGUCUCAGGAGCUGUGUGGAAGUUCGAGCUUCACAAGAAAUUAUUCCGUUCCAGUUAUGACAGUGUCGCCGGUGGUUAG